AUGGGAUUCACUCGCGCUUUACCUCUGGCGCUCGGCGCGUUAGCAGUAUCCAGUGGGGUUGCUAUGUUAACAUUUGACAUCAUAUUUGCGGCCACUCUGUCUCAGAAUUCGUCACCGGUGAAGACCAAUGUGGUUGCAAUUGUCGCUUCAGGUUUGAGCGCGGUGACUGUUGGUCUGUUGCUGCUGCUGCUUGGGAGGCAAGUUCGAUAUCGAAACGGAGCCCACAUCCAGGAUUUUGGGCAUGGAAGACAACACACCUACUUGUUAGCUGGAUUUGGAGCAGUGUUUGGAAUCCUGUCUGCAGUAUCAUCGGCGAUAUUGCUUGGACUCAUGAGGACCAGGCAAGACCUCCCAAAACGCAUUAUCACUUCUUCAACAAAAGCGCUGGUGAUCGCUUCCUUCAUCGUUUGGGCAAUCUCUCUGCUCUCGCAAGCAGUAUUCAUUAUAUGCAUGGUCAUCAUUCAACGGAGGGACUUCCAACAACAAAUCCAGACCUAUGAUCCAGAAAGAGAGCCACAGAACGUGUCAGAGAUGAUCGAAUCGGCCAGGCCAGGAGCAUCGAGCGUGCAGAGGAGUAUGGGUCACCGAACGACUCCUUCGCUAGAAUCUCCACCACCAUCAAGCGGUCGGUCGCGAGCUGGGUCUGAUACAAUGUCCUCGUUUCGAUCAUCGUUUUCUCAAGUUGUACGACCCAUUAGCUCCAAGACGAAGCUUAUAUCGCACAACCAUAGGUCUCCAUAUAGGCCACAAUCCAUCGAGUCGAACCAUCGCGAAACAAUUGUAUCUAUUGAGGACGGAUUCGAUUCGUGGGAUACAUCGGCUGUGGAUUCGCAGUCGAGGGAAGCAGUCGCGUCAGCUUCACCGACUCCUCCUCGAUUCCUCGAGACUAUUCCAGCCAGCCCCACAACGAGUAGAAGUGCGAGCCCCGGCUUCCCUUUGGACUUGGAGCCUCCCAAGCGGAGAAAGAGAAGUCGAAGCUACAGUCCAGCGAAUAGUUCGCGGGACCUCUCCAAAACAGCACGAACCCAAAGUCCAACCGAGAGCGUGAGCAGUGAAGCGCACAUUCAUCCAUUAUUUCGAACUGAUUCGCCUACACCACCACCUGCGGCGACUCCAGGCACUAUAGUCACAGCCGCUCCGGGAGCUGGCCAAGUAAUAUCCGAUCGACAAAGUAUUCGAUCAAUUCAUCGUAUGAGGAGUGGAAGUCUGCCGUCGAGUCCAAGCCCAUUGGUGCACAGCACAAGCUUGGAUAGCAUUCGACUAGCAAUAGAGAGGGAAGAGCUGGAGAUAUUGGAGGAGGUGGGAGGAGAGAGGACCCUAACGCCGCCGAUCCCUGAUUUCAUCUUGAACGGAGGACCAAGGAGUAGUAUGCAGCUCUAUAAUUCGCGGAAGAAGCCAGCUGGCUUGGGCAUGCUUGGAGAAGUGCGGGACGCAUAG